GCGGAGCGCUGAGCGCGGGCCCGGCUUUGCAGAGCGACCAGCGGGCUUUAAAGGCACCUGUGAGCGGCAGUUUCUAGAUCGACCGUGAGGGCCUUCGUCGUCAUGCAUCGUGUACCGCUGCUGCUCGUGCUGGGCUUGCUGCUCGCGGGCCCCGCCGCCCCUGCGCGCCUCGGCCCGAAGCGCCCUCCCCGACUCAGCAGCUUCUCCUGGGAUAACUGUGAUGAAGGAAAGGACCCCGCAGUGCUCAAAAGCUUGACACUCCAACCUGACCCCAUCGUCGUUCCUGGAGAUGUGAUUGUCAGUGCUGAGGGCAAGACCGCCGUCCCCCUUGUUUCUCCUCAGAAGGUGGAACUCGUGGUGGAGAAGGAAGUAGCUGGCUUCUGGGUCAAGAUCCCUUGUGUGGAGCAGAUAGGCAGCUGUACCUAUGAGGAUUUCUGUCAACUGUUGGACCUGUACAUCCCCCCCGGAGAGUCCUGUCCGGAACCCCUGCACAGCUAUGGGCUACCCUGCCACUGCCCCUUCAAGGAAGGCACCUACUCACUGCCCACGAGCAACUUCACAGUGCCUGACCUGGAGCUGCCAAGCUGGCUGAGCACCGGCAACUACCGCAUCCAGAGUGUCCUGAGCAGCGGUGGGAAGCGCCUGGGCUGCCUCAAGAUCGCUGUCUCUCUCAAGGGCAGAUAGCCUGGCAGCAGCCACCACAGAAUGAAGGGGCACCAGGAAGACAUGCCUCCUCUUCUGUGUUCCAGGGCCCAGACCUGCACGUCCCUAGCUGCAUUCUCCUACCGUUCUCUCUCUGCAAAUCAUUGUGCAACCUGACCCGAGGGAGGAUGGACCAGGCUGGCCGACAUCUGCUGGGCUGUGAGCCGAGCUCCUCCCCACCCCUACGACUUUCUAAGAGUUUCUUUCCUGUCCGAAACAGUCAAGGAAUGGGAACCAACAUGUUUGAGGAAUCUUAAGUUCAAACUGACCCAACCUUGGCCUCCUGAAGUUAUCCCCACCCCGACCCCUUCUUUUGAGUCACCAACUUAAAACAAGAAUAACAGUAUUAACUUUUCUCAUUGCACCCUAAACUUCUCCUCCUACGAAGAGACCUAGGUAAUCCGUCUUAGUCUGCCCCCCAUUAACUGCCACGAUUAAUUAUACUCUCUUCCCAGCUUGCCUAGCCACCACAGGGCCUGGAUGGGUCCAGGAGAGGCAGGGCGGUGUGCGGCAGAAACCCCGUGGGAGUCAUGAUGGGCAUGUUCCACUAAGCUCCGUAAAAGCCCAGGUGCCUGCAGGGCUAAGCAGAAGGCCUCGGGAGCCAAGGCAAUCGCUUCUGGGCAUGGCUUUCACUUUUCCUUUUUUGGCUGACACACUUACAAGGAGUGGGAUGACAUUCCUUCUACUAGACAAGGAAUCAAACCCCAAAUCCAUGUGCUCUGGUGCCAGGUGACCAGGGUCUGGAAUGGCAAAUCUAGUCCUCGGGGGAGGAGUCCAAUGUGAGCAGUAAGUGCCAUGUAAGAAUGUUGCCAGAUAGUCACAAUAUUUUUUCUCCCUUAGGCUCCAAACCCAGAUUUUUAUAUGAAAUCUUAGAAUUUUUAACUGUUGGUAACAAAUGUUUUUUAUAUACUGUACAGGCCAGAGGGGGCACAAGGACUUGUCUGGGGGUUCUCGGGCUCACAGGUGACUGCUUUCUCACACCUGUUCAUCUUCUCAGUCUCAAGUUACCUGGCAUCAUCUCUUCCCUCUUCAGGAUCAAGUCCACCGUGCCUGACCUCAAAGAGGGCUCAGCCUGCACUAGAGGAGGUCCAGGUGGUCUCUGAGAGCUGGGCACUGUGCCAGCUCAGAGUUCAUCACCAUCAGAGUACAGGGGUUCACACUGGAGGGGGACCCCCAGAAACCACCAUGUGGAACAGGGAUCCCAUGAAGAGAGUGGGUCCUACAUCGGGUUACACCAUGACAACUUUCUGAGCCUCGGACGGCCCGAGUUCUGGACGGGAAGCCUAGGCUGGCAAUAAAUCUCUUUAACUUGC